GUAUUUGUAGUAUGAAUCUGUAUGAAUAAGAUGACGACGAAUUGUGUCAAGAUAGGUCGUUGCAGCGCGGCUUAAUGAAGCGACGAAUAAAAAUGGCGACGACGUCCGAACGCGGAGCAAGCCUGCGACAAGUCAAUGAACCAUGAGAGAGGCACUUGUCACCAGAUGACAGCGUGACAAGGUGAAGAAACGAUCGAAAAGUUAUCGCUGACGUUUAUCUCACGAGUGGACUUGUUGAACGCGCAUCGAUUCUCGCGUGCGUACGUGAAUAAAAUUCCGAAUUUACGUCGCUCGAGUUGUAGUGUUUAUCUUAUGUUGGACUGUAUUAUAUCCACAGUUAUGAUUUUGAUGGAACGAAAAGACGUUCACUUAAUUAUAAUUAACGAUGGUUGGCCGACGUUGCGCCUUUUUCGCCCUGAGCAUCCUCCUGAUAUUACUCCUCAGUGUAAAUAUCUACUUCAUCCAGAUGAUUGUCGAGAGUUCUUCACGGAAGAUCAAUUCCAGAAAUAUACCAGAACCAAAAUCUGAACAAAACCAUUUCACAUCUUUACGAUCCAAUGAAAAGGAUCUGCAAGAUCAAUCACAGUUGAGAUCAAUUGUAAAGGACAUUAAUGAGAAGAUCAAGGAAGAGAUUCGCACACUACCCUCCAAGUAUUUUAAACAGAAUACCAGCUAUACGCUUGUUCUGGAACGGUUGCUAGCUGAGCUGAAAAUAAUGUCAAAUGUUCAUGAGGAUAUCUGGAAUAUUCCUAAUAAUUGGCCAGAUGCACAUCAGCUAAUUCCACCAGCAGCUCCAGAACUAGGUACUAUCUUGGAGGUCUUGCGUAGGUCUAAAAUAGUUCGUGCUGAUAAUGCUCCAUUGGGUACUCAGCUGAAACUCAUGCUUAAUCUUGAAAACGACGUAAAAGCAUUAUUCAAACCACAGUGGUAUUCCAGAGAUGCUAUUAUACAUGGACCAGUAUAUCAUGGCAAAGAUAGACACAAUGCUGAAGUAGUGGCUUUUUAUUUAUCAUCCUUGCUAGGAUUGCGAAGAGUACCUCUUACAGUUAUAAGAAAACUUGAUCUAACAGAGGAAGUUCGCAAUCUUGCAGCGCCUGCAUUAUAUACAACUAUGUAUCAAGAAGGUAAUGAUACAUGUCUGUAUGGUGUUUGUCAUUAUUGUUCUCUGACUGAUCCCGUUUGCGGGUCAGGAGGCAUACUCGAAGGUGCCCUCAUUUUUUGGCUUCCACGAUAUUUAAGACUAGUCAAACAUCGUCAUCCUUGGCAACGAACGUACAAAAAAAAUAAAUUCGCUGCAUGGGAAGUCGACGAGGCUUAUUGUGAUAAGGUGAUGGAUUCUAAGACUUAUUCGCCGCAAUCAUCUAGUAGAUUGUUGGACUUGAUUGAUACGGCAAUCUUUGAUUUUCUCAUGGAUAACGGCGAUCGCCAUCAUUAUGAACUUGCCCAAAAUAAUUUCCAUAAUCCCGCGGUACUGUUAAUCGAUAACGGGAAGAGCUUAGGCAAUCCUGAUGUAGAUCAUUUCGAUAUCCUGGCGCCUCUUUAUCAGUGUUGCAUAAUCCAUAAAACUACAUGGGACAGGUUGAGAUUAUUCAGCGGUGGAUCUUUAAGUAUUGGAUUAGGUAAACUUACUGCAUACGAAGCUGAAAUAUCGGAUGUUCUUCCACUAAUCACAGAAGCACAUUUAAAUGCUAUGGAUAGAAGAUUACUUAUCAUCUAUGCCGUGGUAGAAAAUUGUCUAAAGAAAAAGAAAUAUGUUUCGAAUGUGAUCUUAGAUCAUCGGUAGCCAGAGAAUAAUUUUUUUUUAGAAUGUAAAGAAUUUUGACAUAAACGUUAGAAACGAUGGUUUUUCAAAUUUAAUAAGGAGAGUGAAAGUGCGAGAAUUGGAAAGUUUAAUUAACAAUUAAAUAAAAUUAAAAAG